AAUGUGUAGAAUACACUAUACAGAUACUCCAAAAGCAGUAUAGACGACACGACAUGCGGACGCAAGCGCAUUACCUUCCCGCUCUGCGCGCUCCUGUUCGGCCCGUACCCCGCAUGGUCCGUCCCCCAUGAUCGUAUUCCACUUCGAACACGCUCGAAUGUCGAGAGACACUGUGUACGACUAUUCAGCCAGUUGUGUUAAAUCCGUUAUUGUGAGAGGUUCUGUUGCGUGUUAUAAGUUUAUAUCGAAUGUUAGUGCUUUUCUACGCAAUAUGUGAAUGCCCGUAAUAAUAUAUGAAUAAAAUCCAUGUUUUGAAACAAAAUUCGAAGUACACGUGUGUGUAUGUGCUUGCAAAAUGUGACACGCGAAUAUUCGACGCCCGAACUCGUGCGCUCGGUAAAUCGAUAUCUAGAGGCGCGAAGCAUUUUGUAGGACACCACAGAUAGAACGGGAAAGUUUCAGUGGAAUGUAGUUAUAAUUUGAUAUGCUUAACGUAUUUGCACGCAGUUUUAGACAUUGACAUCAAUUGUGACACGUGUGUAAAAAGUGUUUCGUGAGUGCUAUCGAAAAACAAUAAUAUAUGCUUGUUAAAUUCGUGAACAAUUGAUUACGACUCGUUUCCGAUAUUGGAAACAAUUGUUGAUUUAAAACAUUUGUGUGUGAACGAAUAUAUAUUUGGAAUAAAAAUACAAAAGGGAUUACUUCACAUAAACUGACGGUUGUUUUGCUGUACUUUGAACUUUAGGCACUGAAAUUAACGGCCAGCAGCCUGCAGCAGCCGCCGUGAUGCCGGCAGCGCCGCCUUCGCCGCCGCCAGCACACAGCGUGGAGGGUUCGCCUCCAAGGAAUGGCGUCACCGCCCAAAGGCACCAGGACGCACCUAUGCCAACUAGGCGAAGCCCUAAAGACUUCAUUUUCGGUCGAUCUAUUGGUGAAGGAAGUUUUAGUAAUGUUUAUUUAGCCAAGGAUAUACACUCCCGUAAAGAAUACGCAAUAAAAGUAUGUGACAAAAGACAUAUAAUUCGCGAGAGGAAAGCUGAAUACAUCAAAAGAGAGAAAGAGGUGUUGCACAUGCUUUCAAAUUGCGAAAAUGGAUUUGUUCAUCUUUAUUGUACAUUUCAAGACGCUGAUAAUUUAUACUUUGUCUUAUCCUAUGCUAAAAAUGGUGAAUUGUUACCAUAUAUAAAUAAAGUUGGUUCAUUUGAUUUAACAUGUACAAGAUUCUAUGCGGCUGAAAUUUUGGUAGCUUUAGAAAAAUUACACUGUAGAGGAAUUAUACAUCGAGAUUUGAAGCCUGAAAAUAUACUUUUGGAUGAACAUAUGCAUAUUUUGAUAACUGACUUUGGUUCUGCUAAAAUAUUAAAUGAAGAUAACUCAAAUUUAAAUUCGUCUGAAGGGGAGAUGUGUGAAAGGCGAAAUAGCUUUGUAGGCACAGCUCAAUAUGUUAGUCCCGAAUUAUUAAAGGAUAAAAGGGCAUCUAAAGUAUCUGAUUUAUGGGCAUUUGGUUGUAUAAUAUAUCAAAUGGUGUCUGGUUUACCUCCUUUCAGAGAUGGAUCUGAAUAUUUAAUUUUUCAAAAAAUUCUUAAACUCAAUUAUGAGUUUCCAGAAGGCUUUGAUGAGACUGCCAAAGACUUAGUAGAAAAGCUAUUAGUAUUGGAUCCUAACAAGAGAUUAGGUAUAAACGAUGAUGGGCCAACUUACAAAAGUGUGAGAGAACAUCCUUUCUUUGAUGGAAUAGAAUGGGAUACUUUGUAUCAGCAAACACCACCAGAUAUUUAUCCCUACUUGCCUGGUAGAAGUGCAGAUGAAGAACUUCGAAGUCAAUACAGAGUCCCUGACCAUCUAGAACCAGGUUUAGAUGAUAAACAACUAACUAGACUGUUUGGAUUAGAAUUAGGAAUAGCUGAACCACGCCAACCUAAAGGCAUAUGUGAUAUUUCACCAGAAGAAAUUGAAAGGCGCUUAGAAAAGCAAAAAUUAGAUAAAUGGCAUCCAUUUGUAGAAAAUAAUUUAAUUUUGAAGCAAGGCUUUGUUAACAAACGCAAAGGUUUAUUUGCUAGGAAGAGAAUGCUUCUUUUAACAAUGGGUCCAAGAUUAUUCUAUGUAGACCCAUAUAACAUGGUGCUCAAAGGUGAAAUACCCUGGAGCCCUGAAUUAAGAGUAGAACCCAAGAAUUUUAAGAUCUUCUUUGUACAUACUCCAAAUAGGACAUAUUAUUUAGAAGAUCCCGAAGGUUAUGCACUUCAAUGGUGCAAAGACAUAGAAGAUGUUCGCUUACAUGUUUAUGGAAAGCAACAACCAAAAUAACAUAGAUAUGUUAUGCUUUAGAUAGA